GGCAGGCCAAGUCCUCACAGAAAAUUGAAGACUUGAUGGAAAUGGUGAAGCAGUUGCAGAAAGCCGGAAGCCUAGAGCCCAGGAUUGAGGUCCUGAUUAACCGGAUUAAUGAGGUCCAGCAAGCAAAAAAGAAAGCCAGUGAGGAGCUAGGAGAGGCCCGGACUGUCUGGGAGACCCUGCAGAAGGAACUGGACUCAUUGAGUGGAGAGAAAGUACGCCUGAAAGAGAUCUUGAGCAAAAAGCAAGAGACCCUGAGGAUCCUCCGGCUCCACUGCCAGGAGAAGGAAAGUGAGGCACAGAGGAAGCAUACCAUGCUGCAGGAGUGCAAGGAGCGAAUUUCUGCCCUGAACUCCCAGAUGGGGCAGGAGAAGAAUAAACAGAGGCAGUUGAG